CUCUUUCAGCCGCUGCCCUCCGAUUGGUUUCUCAAGCACCCUGCUCUAUUGGCUGCCUCUCCCCAGGACGGCUCUGAUUGGUUAUCGUUGACCUUGACGCCACGAGCUCGCGGGGAGCUGAUUGGCCCCCGCGAGUCUGCGCCGCUAACCAAGCUAUCCACUAGGCCGUUUGGCUUAGGUGACCCGGGUGUGUGUAGGGGGGAGGGGAGUGAAUGUCGCAGCGGCUUUAGACUGUCGACGUUUGGGGGUGGUGGUGUUGGGGGGGAACUGGCCCUAACAUGGCGGCAGCCGUGAGUGAGGCUGCGGCGGCGAAGGAGAAGGCAGAGGCCGCCGGUGAGAAGGGAGGCGACGACAGCGAGGAGGACGAGGAUGAUGUCUUCGAAGUGGAGAAGAUCCUGGACGUGAAGACUGAAGGGGGCAAAAUACUAUACAAAGUGCGAUGGAAAGGAUAUACAUCAGAUGAUGAUACAUGGGAACCUGAGGUUCAUUUAGAAGACUGUAAAGAAGUACUUCUUGAAUUCCGAAAGAAAAUAGUGGAUACUAAGCCUAAACCCGUAAAAAAAGACACACAGAAGCUGCCUUUAAAUGAUGAUUUAUUUGAAGCAGAUUCUGAAGCAGACAGUGACUGGCAAAGUGAUGCAAAAGGAGACCUGUCUCCAAAGAAGAAAAAGAAAAAAUCUAAAGAGAGGGAGGACAGAAACCAAGAUGAGAUAAGAAAGAAAAAAUCUAAAUCGCUAAAAGGCAAAGAGAGACCUGGACUAGAAUGUGAAAAUUCCUCUGACAGUUUGGCUUCAGAUUCAAAACCAAAGAAAAGGACUUCGGAGGUGAAAGAGGAAGCAAAAGAUUCCAAAAAACAGAGGCGAGAAGAUUCAAAAGACAGCAGUAAAAAAAAAGAGUAUAAAGACAUAAAGAAAAAAAUAAAAGACGAUUCUAGAGAAAGUAAACACUUUCAAAAGGAUAAAUCCAGUGCCCUGCAGUUAAAUAUUGAACCCAGUACACCAGAUGAUUCUUUUUUUCGAGGCAUUGAUAAUGAAACUCUGGGUUUUGACUCUGACAGCAGUGAGGAGAGGCAGAAAAUAUUUCCUGGAAAAGAUCGGGCAGAAGGGGAAAGGGUGCCACGGGUUCUAGCUAUUGAAAAGCAGCUGGACAGUUCAACAAGCACAGACAAUAGUUCUGAAGUGAUGAAGGUGAAGAGAAAGAAGAAGAAACACAAAAGGGCUGAGGAAUCUGAGGACAAUAGAAAAGUGGACACCAAAGACAAACACCUGGAGAAGAAAAGCAUGCACAAAAAGCAGAAGCCACCAGAAAAAGCAAAAUUGGCUGCUGAGUUGGAGAAUAAGAGACCCAUUACGCCUGCCCCAGUGCAGAAAGGCUCAAAAUUGUCCACUGAUGAGCGAGGGCGCAAAUCUACGGACUCUGUAGGGGAGGCAAGCCAUCACAUGAAGCAGAAGAACAAAGAGGCAAAAUUGGGCCAGCCCCAUGCAAGGGAUGUGCUACUGCAAAAGUCUGCCAUUUCGGAUGGCAAAGAUAAAAGUAUCAACUGGAGAGCUGAUGAGGAGAAAAUGAAAGAGAGGCAUUCUGUAGGGGAGAGUCUGUUUGAAAAGUUUGUCCUUGAUUCCGACUGCAGUAAAGGAGGGAGCAAAGUCAGCAAGAAGGGGCUCUCUAAAAAUGAUCUCAAUGCAGAGGACAUACCAAAAGACAGAAGCACGUUAUCUAAGGACAAAGAAUCCAAAAAAAGUGAAGUGAAAGACAAACCUCAAAAGAGACAUGACUCUGAAAAGGAAGAAAAGAGCAGGAAAGAGCAGAAGGGAAUCAAAAGUUUGAAGGAGAUAAAAAGUGCAUUUGAUGUGUUUAGCAUCUCUUCAGAAGAAAAAAACGAAUACUUGGAGAAUCGAAAGAAGGAAGAAUCUGUGCAGGACUAUCGAUCUACAGAGGAACUGAAAUCAAGAGAUAGGUAUAAGGACAGUAGGAGCACAAGAGAUGAGACAGAUACCUGGGCUUACAUUGCUGCAGAGGGUGACCGUGAUGCCAUUGAGGAUUGUUCAGAGACAAAGCAGCAGACUGUGAAUUUGGGGAUGGACAUGCAACUGGAGUGGCUGACACUAGAAGAUUUUCAGAAGCACCUUGAUGGAGAAGAUGAGAACCAUUUGCCAGUGGAAGCAGUAUCCUCCACUCAGCUGCGUGAUGCUGUUAAAAAUGGACAUUAUGCUACAGUAAAGAUGGCACUUAAUUCCAGUGAAGAAUAUAAUCUCGAUCAGGAGGAUUCUAGUGGAAUGACUCUUGUGAUGCUCGCUGCUGCAGGAGGUCAUGAUGACAUCCUUCGACUUCUCAUCCGGAAAGGAGCUAAAGUGAACUGUAGGCAGAAAAAUGGAACGACUGCACUGAUUCAUGCUGCAGAAAAGAACUACCUAACAACAGUUGCCAUCCUUUUGGAAGCUGGGGCAUGUGUGAAUUUGCAGCAGAAUAGUGGGGAAACUGCUUUAAUGAAGGCUUGUAAGAGAGGAAAUUACGAUAUUGUCCGUCUUAUGAUUGAAAACGGAGCAGACUGCAACAUUUCAUCAAAGCAUCAGAGCAAUGCCCUUCAUUUCGCUAAACAGUGUAAUAACUUGCACGUGUAUGAGCACCUAAGGAGUCACUUGGCUACGCUAUCACGUGUAGCAGAAGAGACAAUCAGGGAAUACUUUGAAGCCCGCCUUAGUUUGAUGGAACCCGUGUUUGAUAUUGCUUGCCAUCGACUUUGUGAGGGACCAGAUUAUUCUUUGGAUUUCACCUAUAAGCCUCCACAGAAUGUGCCAGAAGGAUCUGGAAUUCUUUUAUUCAUUUUCCACGCAAACUUCUUUGGAAAAGACGUCGUUGCUCGGCUCUGUGGACCAUGCAGUGUGCAAGCUGUGAUUUUGAAUGACAUAUUCCAGCUGCCUGUGUUCUUGCCCCGCAGACCCUGCCAUUCUACCUGGACAGAGCAGCUCACCCAACGGAUCUUCCAGGAUAGUCACUUUAUUUACUCCUUCAGCCCUGUUUCUGGCCCUAACAAACUCUUCAUACGGUUGGUAGAAGCUCCUACUGCCAAGGUUAAGCUGCUCAUAGGUGCAUACAGAGUACAGUUGCAGUGACCUCACAAAACUAAUAUUGAUGCAAUUCAUUUAUUGGAGUACUUUUUCAAUUUUUUUAUCAGUUUGAGUCUGAUAAAGCAGUUUGGAACUCUUGUUGCAUUCAGUACUCCAAUAGCGUGCUUCAACCUUGGUUUCUCUUUCUUGGACUCCACUUACACGUGAACCUGCGUGCUAGCUAGCAGAUCUGCUGCUCAAGAAUACUGGGUUGGGAUGAUUUUAUUUUGUGUAGGUAUAGCUGUAUUUGUGCCAAUGACUGUAACUCCAUUUUUAAGCUGUAACAUCCAGACUGCGUAUCUCAGCAUUUCCACAAUGUGGAAUGGUGCAAAGACCUUAAGGUGACCUUUUUUAAAAAGCCAAGAUCUUGAUUAUUUGUAAAAACUUAAAUUUUGUUGUAACUACAGUGUUUAUAUUUAAGCUUCUAUUCCCUUCUCCAUGAACUCUACUUGCUGCUAAUGUAAAGGUGGCAAGACAGGCGGCACUUCUGUUUGAUACGACCGUGUUGCAAGCAAGCUAUUGAGCAAAGGCAAAAUGUGGGGGGAGGGGUCAUUGAUGGUGAGUUAGAAGGCAUGAAUUUAUUGGGCAUAAUUGUAAAAAAGUUUCUAGCGCUCCUGAUUUAUAGUUAACAGUUGCAGGGGAGAAAACAUAGUUUUGCAAAUACUUUCCUGUUAUUUUUGUAAGAACAGCCACCUUUAUAGAUACAUUCUGAUCUGCAUCCAUGUAAUUUCCUCCCAAAAUGUACACCUGUUGCCCUAUACGAGACCCAUUUUUAUUGGCUGACAAGGGUUCUGUGCUAAUAAAAAUGUAAAACAUCUGCAUGGCUUAUAGAAAACUACUUGUUUGUAACAUUAAACAUCGUGAAACAAA